AUUCACCGCCGUCGCCGUCGUCGUCGUGGUGGUGGACUCUUCCAACCACACAUGCACGAGACAGACACCGAUGGAUGGAUCGGAAUCGCCGGCGCCUGCCCGCCUCCAUCCAUCCAUCUCCGCCUGUGCGCUGCGUUGCGUGGCCCUCCAUCUUCUCCGCGGCUUGCACCGAAGCUUCCCCACUGCAUGCAGUGCAGCACGGGUCGCCCGGCCGCCGCCUCCACAUGCUGCGCGAGAGGAGGAAAACGACCAGCGUCGCGCGCACGCACCCACGCACGCACGCACGCACGCCUCCCGCCUGCGAAGUGGACGCGACGGCCGUAUUGGGUGGGGUGGGAUGCGAUCCGGCAGCCGAAAUCCCCAUCCGGAAUUUAAGACGCCUCGCCGUGCUGCAGUGCAGUGCAGCGACGUGACAGCCCGGCCGCGGGCCGCCCCCGAAGAAGCAGCCGAGCAGGCGAGCAGCCGGGCCCGGCGCAGCACAGUGGCGCGGGCCACGUGGGCCGCUGCUGUGUGUGCCGCCACCUGUUCCGUAGGCGGGCGGAUCAACGACGCUUCUGGGAAGGUGGGUGAGGGGAGGGGAGCGGAGCAGAGCAGAGCUCCAUCCAACGGGUUACGUCCAGCCAGCCCGACACGUUGGCGAAUCCCGGGCGUUGACUCGAGGAGCACGUCGAUCCGACGGAUGGCAACGUCUGCUGGGACCGCGGGCUGGGUCACUAUAAAUGGCCGACCACCGCGGCCGUGUCCAACUCCUCUUCCGACACACACACACACACACACGACGACGACGAGCAGCGCUCACGAUCGGCUGCUCGGCUCCGACCAUCGCGCGUCUAUGGCGAUGAGUGACACGGGCUCGAGCUUCGCGCAGUGGGCCGCGCUCUACCACCACCACCACGACGCCACCGGCCCGGCCGUCCUGCCCGACGACGACGCCGCGGCGGAUGUCCUCGGCAUCGGGAUCGGCACCACCGCUGCGGCCGCCGCGGUGGCGAGCCCGACGUCGGGAGGGUCCAGCGGCGGCGGCGGGAGCCCCACAAAGGCGGCGGGGGUCCAGCACCAGCAGCAGCUGCACGGGGUGGAGGGGCCCCGGAUCGGGAAGCCGGCGGCGGCGGCGCGGCGGCGGUCCCGCGCGUCGCGGCGCGCGCCCGUGACGCUGCUCAACACGGACACCGCCAACUUCCGCGCCAUGGUGCAGCAGUUCACGGGCAUCCCCGCGCCCCCCGCCGGCGCGUUCGGGGUCGGGGCCGGUGGGGCACCGCUCAUCAACUUCGCCGCCGACUACGCCUUCCCGCCUUCCUCGGCCGUCAUGUCCUUCGACCACCACCAGCAGCAGCUCCACCGGAGCCAACACGCUGCGCCGCCGCUCCAGGAGCAGCUCCGGAGGCAGCAGCAGUACACAGGCGCGUCGUCGCCAUUCGGCUACGGCAACAGUUUCCUGCAAGGCGGAGGCGGCGGCGGAGACAUCUUCGCCUCCCACGGCGGCGGGUUCGCGGCGUCGGCGGAGGACAGGAUGCUCCUGCAGAGCAUCCAGGCGGCGCAGAUGCCGCCGAUGUCCGCCGCUAACACCAGCACUAACGGCUUCUUUGCUUGAAUAAGUAAGUAGCUGACCUACGGCCAUCCAUGGUACAUGCAUGGAAGCUAGAGAUCAUGGAGAGGGAACGGGGAAGAAGUGAAGACCAGAUUAGCAGCAGCAAAAAAACCAAAAAAAAAAAGGGUAAUCAGCAGAGUCGAUUAAGUUUUCUCUUGGUUGUGUUCAAUUAGUUUUCUUCCCCGCGCGCUUGCUUAAUUCGUGCAGCUUUGUUUGUUUCUAAGCUACUAGCUGCAGAUCGAGCUGUAAAUAUCUUGUUUUUGAUGGUGUGGUAGUCUGUGUGCUACUAGCUCAUCUAGUCACUCUCAUGGAGGUUAUUAAUUACAACACUACUAUGAUGCUUCUUAUCCUC